UAAAAUGUACUCCUUAGCAAAGUUGUCUUACUACGCUUGCAGCGAUGAUGAAAAAUUUAUUUAUGACGAGUUAGAAACACUCAAAAUUGACAUUCAACCCUGUUGUGAGGAUAUUAUAAGAUACCAGAAAAAAAAGGCAAAAUUAAAUAUUAUGGAUAAUGAUAUCGAUGUCAAAUUAAUAGACGACGAAGAUUACACGAUGAGCGAAAAAGCCGCUGCCAGUGGGCAUAUAAUGUGUUUAGAGUUCGCUGAAAGCUGCGGGUUCCCGUGGACAAGAAGAGUACGUGCAAGGGCCGCAAAAAAUGCAAUUAAUUGCCCUCUUUACACUCGUUUUCAUUCAUUUGAUAACGACGUAUGCUCAGAAGCUGCUUGUAAUGGCCAACUGGAGUGUCUAAUGUACCUCCAUGACAAUGGCUGUUUAUGGGACGAAGACACGUGUAAAGCGGCCGCGGCAAGUGGGCACAUGGACGUGCUGCGGUAUGCCCAUGAAAACGGCUGUCCAUGGGAUGAAGGCACGUGUGAAGCGGCCGCGGAAAGUGGGCACAUGGACAUGCUGCGGUAUGCCCAUGAAAAUGGCUGCCCAUGGAAUGAGUUUACGUGUAUGUCGGCUGCGUAUUAUGGGCACAUGGACUUGCUGCGGUAUGCCCAUGAAAACGGUUGCCCAUGGGACGAAGGCACGUGUGAAGCGGCCGUGGCAAGUGGGCACAUGGACAUGCUGCGGUAUGCUCAUGAAAACGGCUGCCCAUGGGAUAAAUCUACAUGUGGUGCGGCCGUGGCAAGUGGGCACAUGGACAUGCUGCGGUAUGCCCAUGAAAACGGCUGUCCGUGGGACCAGAGUACGUGUGAGGAGGCCGCGCGAAAUGGAAACAUGGACGUAUUGCGGUAUGCCCAUGAAAACGGCUGCCCGUGGGACAAGAGUACGUGUGAGGAGGCUACGUUUUAUGGGCACAUGGACAUGCUGCGGUAUGCCCAUGAAAACGGCUGUCCAUGGGACGAAGGCACGUGUGAGGCGGCCGUGGCAAGUGGGCACAUGGACAUGCUGCGGUAUGCUCAUGAAAACGGCUGCCCAUGGGAUAAAUCUACAUGUGGUGUGGCCGCGGCAAGUGGGCACAUGGACAUGCUGCGGUAUGCCCAUGAAAACGGCUGUCCGUGGGACCAGAGUACGUGUGAGGAGGCCGCGCGAAAUGGAAACAUGGACGUAUUGCGGUAUGCCCAUGAAAACGGCUGCCCGUGGGACAAGAGUACGUGUGAGGAGGCUGCGUUUUAUGGGCACAUGGACAUGCUGCGGUAUGCCCAUGAAAACGGCUGCCCAUGGGAUGAGCUUACGUGUAGGUCGGCCGCGAAAAGGGGGGACAUGGACAUGCUGCGGUAUGCCCAUGAAAACGGCUGCCCAUGGGAUGUGCUUACGUGUAAUGCGGCCGCGGGUGGUGGGCACAUGGACAUGCUGCGGUAUGCUCAUGAAAACGGCUGCCCAUGGGAUAAAUAUACGUGUAGAGCGGCCGCGGCAAGUGGGCACAUGGACAUACUGCGGUAUGCCAAUGAACGGGGCUGCCCGUGGAACAAAUUUACGUGUAAUCCGGCCGCAAAAAACGGACAAGGCUCAUGUCUGGAAAAUAGAUGCUUGGAGAUUGAGGUAUUCGUGGAAGAAUGGCUAGAAGAAUGACAACAUUUGUAAAAAAGUACUCCAUUAAAACUUAAAAACUUUUUUUUGUAAAAUAUUAUUUAAUAUACUUGUAUUGUUAUGAAUUUAA